UUUCUUCUCGCCACGCGCCACCCUUAAACCCUAGUAAAGCCCCACACACCUCCUCCUUCUCUAACCCAUACAAUCCCUCCAGGAAGCCUCACUCUUCUUCAGAAUUAUGGAGGUGGUGGUGGCCUCCUCCUCCGUCGAAUCCGACAUCGCCUGCUGGGACUUCAACACCGGCGCCGAGCUCCUCCGCUACAAGUCCUGCGCCUCUCCCAAUCACGGCCUCGUCUCCGUCGGCGACCGUUUCCUCGCAUCCUCUCAGCUCCGUCACACCAGUGACGGCGGCUCCGUCAAGUAUUGGGCCUGGUCCAAACCUCAGCCUGAUGCCAAGAGCUCGCAAGACGAACCGAUAAAACCGCUGGCUGCUAACAGAGAGGGCACCUACGUGGUUGGUGGAGGUGUCUCCGGGACUAUCUACUUGUGGGAGGUAACUAGCGGUAGGCUGCUUAGGAAGUGGGAUGCUCACUAUAGAGCUGUAAGUUGCUUGAGAUUUUCUGAUGACGGCACCAUACUGUUUUCGGGGUCUGAGGAUGGAGAAAUUAGAGCCUGGAACCUUGUAACGAUAUUCGAUGAUCAUCAAAGUCAACAUGAAAAGUAUGGACACUUGCUUAGUUUUACCGAGCACUCGCUUUCUGUAACGGAUAUGGUGUUAGGAUUUGGAUAUGAUCCCGUUAUUGUGUCGGCUUCAGAGGAUCGAACAUGCAAGAUUUGGAGCUUUUCAAGAGGAACAUUACUGAGAAAUAUUGUUUUUCCGACAAUAAUUGAUGCAAUUGCAAUGGAUCCUGGUGAAAAUCUCCUCUUUGCUGGUGGUAGAGAUGGAAAUAUAUACGUGGCUGCACUUAAUACUGCAAAGACAGCUAGCAGCAAAUAUGGGUUGCAUAUCAUCAAUUGCUUCUCAAACCACAGCAAGGCAGUUACUUGCUUGGCAUGGGGACUAUCUGGAAACUAUUUGAUUUCUGGAUCAGAGGAUGGCAUGGUUAGAGUAUGGGAUGCUAAAACUGCUAACAUUAUCCGCGUGCUCAAACACUCAAAAGGUCCAGUGAAUAAUAUUCUAGUUAUUAGACAACAAGUUUCUCAUACGAUCCCGAAUUCACAAGCCUCCUCCAGGCGGCACGGUUCCUCAUUACCACCUCCACUAGAAAAGCGUGCAUAUGAAGCAGAUAAAGAUGCAGGUUUUAAGGCAGUCAUCGGUCUCCAGGGUACUUGCAAUAAAUCCACAGAUGCAGUGUAUAUCACUUCUGACGUGAUGGAGUGUCAAAUCAGAGAGCUUCAGCAACAAGGUUCUGCUUCAGCUGAAAUGGAGAUUGAGAGACUGAAGCAUGAGAAUAAAAGAUGCCAACAAAUGAUUCAGCAGUGGAAGAAAAUGUAUGACAAUUUGCACCAAUUCUGUGUAAAUGAGCUUGUCGAUGGUGAUAAAGGAGGAGCCCCAAAUGGAAAUGCUCCCUAAUGUUGCUAAUCUGGACCAACCAGCUUGUGACAUGAAGGAUGAAAUCAGCAUCGGGUAUGAGACGUAUGUUCCUUUCUUGUUUUGUAGCUCUGUUCAUUUGAAUUAUCGGUUUCUAUAUGUAUCAUCUUUCAGUUCCGGAAAUAUUGACGUAGCUUUUUUGAUAUAUGAAAAUUCCAUGCUGUUGCACCCUCUUUAGUCUCUGCGAUGGGUGUAAAAUUUGCAGCCAUUAGGCGACUAGAAACAUUCAUCCAAUUUUGUUUCUAAUAAAGUAGUCUGAGGUUCACAUCCAAAACAAA